UCGCCACUGUCACUCUUCUGGCGCUCUCUGCUUCCAUCAAUCAAAAACUCUAGAGAGAGAAAGUGACACUUUUGGAGAGAGAAAGAGAAACCCAACUUCACUUUCCUCUUCUUUCCGCUGUACACUUACCACCGGAAUCAAAAGGCCGGAGUCUUUAGGGUUUCUUCUUCUCUGCUGCAACUUGGAAGCUAGCAAAGAGCAUCGUUUUGCUGUAGAGCUUUUGAAAAUUACAUGAAAAAUGGUGGAUUCCUCAGAAGAAUCAAGUUAGGAAAAAAAAAGUUGGGGAUGGAAAUCUGGCGAUGAUGGAAGAAGAACUGGGAAAAGUGAUUGAAUUUGGCUUUAAUCCCAUGAAAAAUGAAUUGGGUUUGUGUUUGAUUAAUCUCUGAGUAAAGAGAAGAGCAUGGUCAUUGGUUGUAACGAUAUGUAUGAACAUUGAAGGGGCUCGUAGCGUAGUUGGUUAAUAGCAUUCGCCCUUGCAUUCGAGCUCCGGUGUUUGAUUUCACCCUCCCCAGUAUCACUUGUAUCAGAAAGCUUUAUGAUACCUCGAAUGGCAGAGGGGAAAGAUCUUAGAUGGUUUUCUGGGCACACUCAUUUGAAGAUGUCUUGGGUUCAGCAUCAAAUCCAGGUUAAAGAUGGUUAUUUGAGCUACCCUCCUCCUUUUUCUCUUCAAUCUUCACCCCCAUAUGCUGGAGCUUUUCGUAGUGAAUCGAACUCGAAUCCAUCACCACCGUCAUCAGCCGGUUCAAGAAUUAGUCCCGCUUUGCUUUUUAUAAUAGUGAUUCUGGCUGUGCUGUUUUUCAUCUCCGGUUUGCUCCACCUGCUCGUUCGAUUUCUUACUAAGCACCCGUCUUCCUCAGCAGCUUCUCAGUCUAAUAGGUACCCAGAAAUGUCUACUGCUGAUGUUCUUCAGAGACAGCUGCAGCAGCUCUUCCACCUUCAUGAUUCCGGUCUAGAUCAAGCUUUUAUAGAUGCACUACCUGUUUUCCAGUAUCGUGAUAUUGUGGGUGCGAAAGAGCCGUCCGAUUGUUCUGUUUGCCUUUGUGAGUUUACCGAGAAGGACAAGCUCAGAUUGCUCCCUACGUGUAACCAUGCUUUCCAUAUCAACUGUAUAGAUACUUGGCUGCUAUCAAAUUCAACAUGUCCUCUUUGUAGGAGUACCCUUUUUAAUCCCGAGUAUUCGAUUGAAAACCCAAUUUUUGAUUUUGAUGACUAUAGAGAAGAAGAAGGGUAUCCUGGUAAUGGAGAAAACGGGUUUGCUUCAAGGCAAAAAACCGUGGACAUUGACGAAAUUGUUGUCGAUAAGGGGAUCUUGCCUGUGAGACUCGGCAAAUUUAGAAAGGUAGAUGCUGAGGUAGAGGAGACAGGAGGAGGAGAGGGUAGUAGCAGUAGAUUGGAUGCAAGAAGAUGUUUUUCAAUGGGUUCGUAUCAGUAUGUGCUUAACGAUUCAGAACUUCGGGUUCCCUUAUCAAAUGAUCAACUAGGCCGCAAUGUAAGGCCAACAAGAGGGAUAGAAAACAGUGGUAAUCUUUCAAUUGAUAGUGACAUGGAGGGAAAGAAGAUCAGCAGUGUGACUAAGGGUGAAAGCUACUCUGUUUCCAAGAUCUGGCUCUGGUCGAAGAAGGGCAAGUUUUCAAGCUCGAUAGAUACUCAGAUGGGCAUGCCUUCGUCUCUUAACACAGACUUGCCAUGGAUGAAUAGAACGCAACCAGAAUGAGAGGGACAGGGAAGCUGAAGAGUGCAGAAAGUGGGGAUCCAUGAAAGCUGUGUGACAGACUGACAGAAUCUUUUGCUUCUUGGGAAAUGAGACCUUUUAUUCAAAAAUUGGGUGUAGUAGGUGCUCACUUUUUUCGACCCGACUUCUCUGUCAUUCCUGUUCUUAUACAUUCUUAUAUCAUCCUAUUUUGUACGAUUACGAUUAAAUUAUAUAAAUAUUUUAUGUUGAUUUUUUUA